AGGUGUAUCCUAAGAUCUAGGCAAGCUGCGACCCAUGCUUAAAACUUGACUGCUGUCAUUGGAUCACCUCGUUGUGUAUUUCCGGAAAAUGUCUACCGUUGACCUGCUGCAGGAAAUACACCACCUGAAAUUUGCCUGCCCCGAUGCGAUAGAACGAGACCUUCUGAAUGCGUGGCGCACCUAUCGAGUUUCGGAUAUCACCAGACAACUUCAAAGCGAAUCGGGGAGAGAAAUCUACGCAGAAGCCAUAGUAUUCGAGCCGAACGAUGAACCAAAGUCAUUUUUCCCGAAAAGCCUUGCAGAGUUGGUUGUUGAACAUUUGGCCACUUCGUUUGAUGGUGGACCGAUUCCAGAAGGGCUGACAUGUGAACAACAGCGAGACUUCGGAGCACUUCUGGAUGUGGAGCUGCCUAUCCUGAAAUUGCUAGAUGUCGAUAACACAACUUUCUGGAGACGCGUGACGAAAACAAAAACCAAAACACUAGUAGAAUUCCUCAAGUUCGACCGAGAUAAUUCUACACACUGGAAGAACUUGGGUGUGGCACUUAAAGUAGCCGAAACAAUCGAGCAUGAAACACCUGAGUACUGGUUUGAAGGUGACCUAGAGGAUAUUCUUGAGAAGUCCCAGCCAUUUGUCGAAAAAUUGGCAAUUUCACAACUACAGCCAUUCAAUCAAAUAGAGCCCGAGGAAAAUUACGAAGAAUACAAAAUCUAUAACCCGACUCCGGAUUUGUGUAGUCACGGAUCUCUUGUAGUUCUUAAACACCUUGUUAACCUCACUUCGAUCAGCUUGGCGUUCGGAUUGGGAGAUGCCACCAAAGGUUACGAACGAAGGUUCUUUAUAUUUUCGCUGGAGGACGUGAAGAACCUAGUGAAGGCAAUGGUCCAUUUUCAGCAUUUACGUCAUUUCAAACUAUCCCGCAGUCGCAUGGAACCGGAUAAACUGAAAACACUUCUCGAUCAAUUGUCGACAAUGAACAUUGAAACUUUGGAGUUUCCAUACUGCUAUCUAGGAACAGACACGGGAAUGCUUCUGGCAAAGUACAUCAGCAAAUGUUCUGAAAUGCUAAAGAACUUGAACCUUUCUGGAAAUUUUCUGGACGGUCAACAGAUUGAGAACUUUGGUUACGGUAUUAACGUGUAUCAAGGCAUGUUGGAGAAGUUGGAUUUGUCCCACAAUCCCAUCGGAGAAGCAGGGGUGCUCACUUUGGGAGGGGCUAUCAAGAACAUGCAACAAAUCAGGGAGCUGAAUGUUACCGGCUGUGAAAUUGGAGAGCAGGGUGCUUUCAGGGUCGUCCAACUACUAGGAUUCCAUCACCCACUGAGAAUCCUGCACAUGAAUUGCACUCCACUAGGUCGAGCUGGUGGCAAAAAGCUGAUUGAAGUCCUCAAAGAAAACUGGCUCGUCGAGGAGGUGAACUGUAAAUUUUGCGACCUGAAGCCUAGUCACGAAAAACGGAUUCAAAGUAUCCUGCGGAGGAACAAGAAAUUCCACCUCGCGCGACAAAACUCCAACAACGCCUCCACCAGCAGUGGUGGUGAUUUGCCCACAUCGUCGUCGUCGUCAAACGAGAAAUCCUGCUCAAUGCCUCAAUAAGGUCCAUCUCCCAAGAAAAAGAAACGUUACGUCGUCUUUGUCGUCGUCAGCUGUAAACCAAGCGGCGAAAACGAGCGAAAAUAUUAUAAUUUAUGAACAGAAUUAUUAUGGAUUAUGAUCAUUAUUAUCCCACGCGCGCGAACCACCAUGGCCAUCAUCGGACCAACCGCUUCCCAAGUCCCAAACGGGACUGCUGCUGCUGCUGCUCCAGGAAUGAAGAGUAAUGAUGAUGGGAGUGUUUCGUCCCCCCCCACCAACUGGCUCAGGUAGGUACAUUGAGCGGCAACCUUCAGCUUCACAUUAUUACCAGCGACGGACAGUUUACAAACAGAGGGCUUAAGUGACAUCCUAGAGAUCAUCAAUUCUUAGAGCGUGUGAUUCGCAAGUGCUGCUAGCCAUCAAUCUGAAACUUUCCCAUUUUGAGGUGCCACGGUAAAAUGGGGUACU